AUUCAGUUGUAGUAGCGCUCUUUUAAAUCUGCUCGUGAUUUGGUCUGGUUGUCGUCAAGCAUGUCUGGUGGUUAUCCAGUUUUAGAACUCUCGGCAGAGGACCUGCGCCUAAUGCUUGCAGCUCACGUUCAUGUGGGGGAGACUAAUAUGAAUUUCCAAAUGUCAACAUACGUCCAUGGGUGUACUAAAGAUAAUUAUCACAUUAUUAAGUUGGAUAAAACAUGGGAGAAAAUCCUUUUAUCAGCUCGUGCUAUUGCAGCAAUUGAUCAUCCGACUGAUGUUUACGCGGUCGGGUCCAGGCCGUUUACUCAGCGUGCUGUAUUAAAAUUUGCGAACUACACAGGAACAACAGCAAUGGCAGGCCGCUUCACACCUGGUACUUUCACCAACCAGAAACAAUCUUGUUUCCGAGAGCCCCGCCUGCUAAUUGUCAGUGAUCCAAUAAGCGAUCACCAAGCUGUAUAUGAAGCUAAUUCUGUAAAUGUCCCGCUCAUUGCAUUCUGCAAUACUGACACCCCUUUGUCACGUGUUGAUAUCGUCAUUCCCUGUAAUAACAAGUCAACGCAUUCUAUUGCCGUUGUGUGGUGGCUUCUCGCUCGUGAAGUUCGGCGCAUCCGCGGUGAAGACACAAGGUUGCAUCAAUGGAGUGUAUUACCUGACCUGUUUCUCUAUCGCGAUCCCAACGAAGAAGAGCAAAAUACUGAGGAAGUUGAUGAUGCUAGAUUGGAACCCGCUUUGCCAGGGGCCGAUAUCGAAGCUGCAGAAACGUGGGGGGUUGAGCCAACAAUGCCUGUCGGAUCAUUAGGCGAUAUGGGGAUAGCCGCUGCUGGUUACGGUCCUGUUGGUGGGACAGCAGGUGGUUGGAGUAAUUUAGAUGCCGAUCCAACAGAAACAUGGUAGUUGAGCAAUAUAACUUAUGGAAAAGUUUGUGACCGUAGCUGCUACCUUGACGCGGUGGUCGGGCUUGCCUAUCGUGAUGACCCAACCGAACUAUAUUGGCUGGAACAUAUGUUCCUGUAGGUUCUACCAUGCCAGGUAGGUCGAUUGGAGAACGGUAAGACUAAAAGCAGAAACUCAAGGUCUGAGGGCGAAGUCGUACUACUGACUGUAGAGGGGUGUGACAGCAAUAAGGUGUUUCCAUCGGACAACCAGAAUCUGCAGCGAUACUACCUUCCCACAAGGAGGGGUGGGGUUAGAAAAGAUUGACCCUAAAAAUGUCACACCUCACCUUACCUCAUGGAUUUCCGUCUCCGGCGGUAAGGUCCUUUGAAGAACGGAGCUAACACAUUAAAAACCUUCCACGAAAAGGCCGUGCGCGACCGGCCUGAAGCAGUUGUCGCUUGGGCUCUGCGGUCACGCUCCCAGGUCGUUCAGGCCAACACUAAUCCAAUUUCCUUUUCAGGUUCCUCAAGAAAUACCCUUCCACGGUGUGGGCAGCCGGGAAGUGACACCAGCCCUCAUACGCGUAACACACGUAUUUAAAGAACUGAAAAAAAGUCCAAGGGAAUCUACGAUAAUAGUUCAUUUAUAUUGGUUCUAAUUCAAAACAUUAAAUUACCAAUAUGAAUGUUUUAAAACUUCAUCUCAUUGUAUAGGCCAAUCGAUAUCUGGAUUCAUUAGCUAGGUGAAUAACACGUUGGUAUUUAAAAUGAAUGAUGUCAAGUUCGAAUUCUAGAGUGAACAUCAACUCCGAGAUAUAGGCACAUCCAUCUGACGAGUUUUAGAUAUGACAACAAAGCCGUCCAGGAUUUCACUUCUAGAAACUAUUUAACUCUAUUUAAUGUAGUAAGAGUUGUUUCACUGAAAUUUUUGUCAUAUGAUCCAAUGUUUUGUAUUUAUUUGGAUGGAAAAAUCAGAUUGAUUUUGUCAUUUAUGAACUAUGUUUCUGGAUUCAAUCACAUAUCCGCAGUCUACAGGCAUGUACUACUGAGAAGUUCUAAACAAGGACAAAACAAGUUUUCAGUACUUUUUGAUACUCAAUAGCUCUUCUUAUUUACUCUCCUAUUCAUUAUAGGAAUUAUUUUAAUAAAAGUUGUUCAAUGUCAGUUUAACGAUGAACUCAUAGUUUCCAACAUUAGUUUUAUUCUAAGCAUAAUUUUGUAUACUUUUUACUAGAAAAGUUUUUUUUAAUUCAUCUAUGCUAUAUUACUUAUAAAAUUUCCAAUAUUAAGUGGAAAUAUUCUUUUUUUUCUGAAAAAAGUUGUACCCAGUUUUAAAAUGAUGGAUUUUACUGAAGUCAUUCGAUUUAUACCUUGUUUCCUAUAAUACAAUUUAAUGAGUUCAAUAGAAAUUUUAAUGAAUAUCGUUUAUUUUCGUGCACAUAAGUAGCGUUAGCAUCCCAUUUAUUUAAGGAAAUGUAAUAAUAAUAAUAAUAAUAAUAAUAAUAAUAAUAAUAAUAAUAAUCGUCUUCAUAAAUGAUUUCAACCAUACAAUUAACCUAUACCAUG